AUGAAUCAGAAGUAUGAAACAUCUCGAUUCCCAUUCUUUUUUCUUAUCGCGAUAAUUUCGUUGACAUCAGUGUCGGCGUUCUAUCCAUUUUCACCUUCAGUGUCAUCGAAAGUCUUGAAUCAUCGCUCAUCUGAGCCAUCAUAUGAGGGUACUUGGCAACGACGAAAUACAAACUUGAUUUCAUUAUCGUCUACACAAGAGGCUAUCUCACCUACAAGCACACAAGCAAAGGACGAUCUAUCACGUGGGGAUGCACGAGGAGCAGCACUGCUCCUAGAAGAUAUUUCUGUCUCUCGUGGCAACUCCCAAAUUCUGUCAAAUAUCAAUUGGCGGAUUGAACCCAAAAGCAAGUUUGCGUUGGUUGGUACCAAUGGAGCUGGAAAGAGUACUUUGCUCAAAGCCAUCAUGGAAGAGCUCCCAUAUGAGGGAAAAGUAACGAUUGGAACAAAGCAAAAGGUAGGGUACCUUCAGCAAACAGCAGUAGCGGGAUCGACCAAGACCAUCUUUGAUGAAGCCGCAUCGGCCAUGACAGAAGUAGCUGCUGCAAAGGCUGUCCUUGAACGAGCGGAGGAAAGAGUGGCGUCCUCAACGAUUCCGACGGACGAGGAUAUGGAUGCCUUAGUCCUAGCGACAGAAAACUUCGAGAUGGUGGGUGGAUAUAGACAGGAACAAGAGGUUGGUAGUAUGCUGAAAGGAUUGGGUUUUACCGAUUUGGAACAAACCUGUGACCAACUUAGUGGUGGCUGGCAAAUGCGAGUUUCCUUUGCCAAAACGCUUCUCUCCAAACCGAGUCUAUGUUUGAUGGACGAACCUGGAAAUCACUUGGAUCGAUCCGCUCGAAAAUGGCUGGCCCAAUACCUCAAGAGUUAUGAUGGAGGAGCCAUGAUUUUGGUGACGCAUGAUGUCGAACUCUUGGAAGCCAUGGAUCAUAUCGCUGAGAUCUCGGCAAAAUCUUUGCAAACUUACAAAUCAUGUACCUACUCACAAUACUUGGAAUUGAAAGAGGAGCGCGCACUGGCAGCCCAAAGCGAAUAUGAACGAAAUUUGGAAAAGGCCAACAAACUGCAGGAUUUUGUCGACAAAUGGGGAGCCUCUGCCACCAAAGCUACGGCCGCCCAAUCGAGGGUCAAGCAGUUGGAAAAAAUGAAGGCUCGUGGAGAAUUGGACGCACCUCCGGAGGCCGUCUUGCAAGAAAAUUUCAAGCCACGCCUCAAGCUGCCCAAUCCUCCCAAGGCCAUGGGCGACAUCUUGCUAGCCUUGAGAAAUGCCAAGGUCGGCCACGGAGCUAAUCCACUAAUUACCGACGUCAAUUUUGAAAUCCAACGAGGAAUGAAGAUUUUGAUUCGUGGUGAAAAUGGAAGCGGAAAGUCAACGCUACUGCACACUUUGCGAGGAACUCUCCCUUUGAUGGAUGGAGAACGGGAGACUAAUGAAUCUUUGCGAAUGGGAGUCUUCACCCAAGAUUUGGCCCAAGAGUUGGAUGUCAAAGCACGUGCAGUCGAUUUGGUGACUGCCUAUGCGAGAGAAGGUUCCUUUGGAGACAUCAAUAUUUCGGACAAGGAUGCCCGGACAGUCAUGGGUGGCUUAGGUCUCACAGGAGACAAGUCAUUGCGUAAGAUUGAAGCAUUAAGUGGAGGCGAGAAGGCCCGUGUUGCUUUGGCCAUGUUCGCGCUCAAGCCAAGCAACCUUUACCUUCUGGACGAGGUAUCAAAUCACUUGGAUAUUGAAUGUGUGGAAGCACUCAGUGAGUCUCUGUCUGAAUGGGGAGAAGAAGAAGGAGCUGUGGUUGUAAUUUCCCACGACAAGUCGUUUUGUGAUAAAGUUGGCUUUACACACGUAGCGACUGUUGAGGAUGGGGGUUUGGUACUCGAACAACGAAGCACGAAUGCGGCCGACUGGGACAGUUCGGUAGCCACCUUCCAGCGUUCAUCGGAUGGCGAAGCAGCUGAUUCCAGCGGCGAAACUACUGAAGCCAAAGAAAUCGAUCCCAAGUUGCGAAAACAAGCCUACAAUGCUCCCAAAAGAAUAGCUAAGAUCGAGACUAUCGUUGAACAAAAGGAAGAGAAGGUUGCUGAAUUGGAGAGCAAAAUGAUGGAGUGUGGAAACGAUGUUGGAAAACUUGUUGAUCUGACCAAAGAGAAACAAAAAUUAGAAGAACAAGUGGCGGAACUGAUGGAGGAAUGGGAGCAACUGGAAGAAUUGCUUCUUCAAAUACAAUAG